AUGGUCAAGACACUCCCUUUCGGCGACCUCCAAGUCCCAACCCCGGGUUUCGGUGCAAUGGGCCUGAGCUUUGGCUUGGGUACCAGUCUUAACCUCGAGGAAGCUGAGCCAGUGCUGCUGAAGGCAAUUGAACUCGGAUGCACAUUCUGGGACACUGCUGUGGUGUACCAAGCCGGCGUCAACGAGAAGCUUUUAGGAGACUUCAUCAGAAAACACAAUGUUCGCGAUAAGGUUUUUAUUGCCUCCAAGUGUGGAUUCCAGGUCAUGGGAGGAGAUGGAUCUGUUACCAACUCUGCGUCGCACAUCAAGGAGUACAUCGAGGGUACCAUUGAGCGACUUGGAUUUACGCCAGAUCUUUACUAUCUCCAUCGCAUCGACCCGAACACACCUCUCACAGAGUCAAUCCUUGCACUCGAUGAGAUCCGCAAGGCCGGCAAGACAAAGUACAUCGGUCUCUCAGAAUGCUCCGCCGCCACUCUCCGCAGAGCCAACUCAAUUGCCAAAAUCGAUGCCGUCCAAGCCGAGUACUCAGCCUUCGAGACACUUCACGAAACAGACGGCCUGAUUGACACAGCCAAGGAACUAGGCAUCGCCUACGUCGCAUACAGCCCCCUGGGCCACGGCUGGCUCGUCGAUGACUUCAACUUCAACUCCCCCGACGAUUUUGCCCCUGAUGAUUUCCGUCGCAAGGUCCCGAAGUUUCAAGGCGAAAACUUUUACAAGAAUAAGGCUAUUGUGGAGGAAAUCAAGAAGAUUGCCAAUCGCAAGGGUUGCAGGAUUAGUCAGGUCGCUCUGGCUUGGGUUGCUUCCCAGGGACUUAUUCCUAUUGCUGGUACCACUAAGGCUGGUCGCCUAGAGGAGAACUGGGCCUCGAGAAAUGUUGAGUUAGACGAGGAGGAUAAGGCGGAGAUGCGGAGGAUUAUUGAUUCUGCUAAACCUCAUGGUAACAGGUAUGCUCCUGCGCAACAGGCUAUGGUUGGUCACUAG